AUGUCGUCCUCCGUGGCCAUGACAGGUUGGGUCCUUUCAGCUCCCCGGGCCCAACUGAGCCCCACCGAGCUAAGGAAGGUGGCCGGUGAGGGUGCCUGUGGCCGGGCCAUUUGGGUUGGGGGAGACCGAUGGCCCCUGCAGCAGCACAUAGGCCGCCUGCCUCCCCGCGAGAGCAACGAUCCGGCGGGCUGCAAGGCCUGGGCAUCGCACCACACCGCGCCGCGCGGGGCCGCUCGGGGUGGAGGCCGCCUGGGGGCGGGCGGGCUGGAGGCGCAGGUACAUGUGAAGAUUUCUUGGCAGCUUAGUGUGGAAACCAUUGAUCACCUUGCCCUCAUUUCUGCCUGUUCUGUGUCAGCAAGAGAGAGUGCCCAAAUGAGCAAGAUAGCCCAGCGGAACAGUACUCCGGGAAUAAGUGUUAUUCAUACUCAGGCUCAUGCUGGCGGCUUACAGCAGGUUCCUCAGCUGGUGCCUGCUGGCCCGGGGGGAGGAGGCAAAGCCGUGCCCCCAAGCAAGCAAAGCAAAAAGAGUUCGCCCAUGGAUCACAACAGUGAUGAGUAUCAUCAGCGCAGAGAGAGGAACAACAUGGCUGUGAAAAAGAGCCGGUUGAAAAGCAAGCAGAAAGCACAGGAUACACUGCAGAGAGUGAAUCAGCUCAAAGAAGAGAAUGAACGUUUGGAAGCAAAAAUUAAAUUGCUGACUAAGGAAUUAAGUGUAUUGAAAGAUUUGUUUCUUGAGCACGCACACAACCUUGCAGAUAACGUGCAACCCACUAGCACUGAAAAUACAACUUCUGAUAAUGCAGGACAGUAGACCUCACCCCUUCCAAACUUCACAACUUGUGGCUUGAACGUUAAAGGUGUGACUACCUACAUCACUCAUAUCAAUGGCCGAACAUUGUCUUGUUCCAUUAUUCAAAGACCCACUGAAGGUUGUUUUCUAGGAUCAGCACUGAAGAGUUGAUUAGCUAAAAAUGUUAGCCAUGUAAUUUGAAUAUCUAGUUUUAAAUGAUAUGGAUUUUUUUGUGGGGAUAAAACCAAUUUUUGAGGUAUAUGGUAAAAAAAAAAAAAAAAA